AUGAAUUUGAAGGGGCUUAAAAAGCCGCAGUUGUUAGAGUUGGCCCGUGAGUUGGGCCUCCAAAUUGCCGAGACGAGAAGAAAGCCGGAGAUCAUUGAUGAGAUCGAGGGACUCGGGGCAAACGAGGAGGAACUCAGGGAAUGCUUGGAUGCCAUUGAGCUUAGAAAAGAGGAGCUCCGGGAGGAAAGGGAAAGAGAGGAACAGAAGCGCCGUGAGGAAAGAGAGGAAAGGGAACGCAUGGAACGGCAUGCUAUCGAAAUGAAACGCCUAGAAGUUGAGCUGGUGAAGGCUCAAUCCUCGAACGGAGCUAGUGCAGUGGCGCGAGAGAAAGAGCGCCGAAUGACAGACUUGAUGCCAUCCUACGCAGUAGGAGGGGACAUGGGUCUUUUUCUUGUGCACUUUGAGCGCACGUGUGAGCGGGAAAAAUUCGCCAAAGACACGUGGCCGCAGCGCUUACUUACGCUGCUGCCAUGUGAAGUAGCUGACAUUAUAGCCCGCAUGGGGAAGGAAGACGCAGAUGACUACGAUAGGGUGAAGGCGAGUCUGCUCAAAAAGUACAGAUUGUCGGCAGAAGCGUUCAGGCGAAAAUUCCGAGAGGUCGAGAAAUUUAAAGAUGAGUCCUACCCCGAGUUCGCGUACACCUUAAAGGUAAACCUGGAGGAAUGGCUGAGGGAGGAGGGUGCGCUCGGCGACGCGGAAAAGACUCUGCAGUGCUUUGCGUUAGAGCAGUUCUUCCGUCGGCUACCUGAAGACAUUCGGUAUUGGGUUCAAGAUAGGCCAGGCGUAGAUACUAUCACGAGAGCCGCAGAGCUAGCCGAGGAGUAUGUAACUCGUCGUGUUGUCGUAGGCAAAGAAGCCCCCAGGAAGGAGAUGAGUAAAUACCGACCAGACAAGCCGCCGCAAUGGGCUAAGUCGAGUCAGUAUAGACUGAAGGAGAGGUCAGAGUCCGCGGGAGGUAGUGACGAGAACGCUAGGGGAAAGCAAGAGGCGCCCGAAAAGGGGGCUGAAGGGCAACAGAAAAAGGCGUUCGAGGCCAAGAGGCCAAUAGUUUGCUUCAGGUGCCAACAGACAGGGCAUAUCGCUUUGGGAUGCAAGAACCCCAAAGUCGUGUUGAUGUCUCUAUGUAGUAACGACGAGAACCUGAAAUUGCUAGAACCGUACAUCCGUGACCUCGUCGUCAAUGGCCAACCGUGCCGCGUGCUUCGCGACUCGGCCGCCACAAUGGAUGUGGUGCACCCGUCUUACGUCGAGGAAAGUCAGUUCACGGGAGAAUGUGCGUGGAUAAAACAGGCAGUAGAGGCUAACAGUGCCUGUCUCCCAGUAGCAAAAGUCCGGAUUGAGGGCCCUUUCGGAGUUUUAGAUACUGAAGCCGCCGUGUCGGCACAUCUCCCGGCGCAGUACCCGUAUUUGUUUUCCAACAAGUCAGAGGAUAUGCUGCGACAAAGAGGAAUUGGGUUCAGUGAGGGUAUCGUACAAGCCCUAACUCGCUCCAAGGCGAGGGAACUCGCGGCUCAGACAGUUUGUAAACAUCCUGUGGCGGAGGAAACAGCUGUGGCGGAACCAUCCUUAUCCAGCACCAAACCGGAGAGCCCCGUAGAAGCGGCUGAAAACACGCUUACUAAGAAACGGUGCAGGAAACAGGACGAACCUGGGGCAUCUCGAGAGGUGGAAUGCACCAGAAAGCUGCUAGGGGUAAGUCCUGCCACUCUGAAAGGAGAGCAGAAAAAGGACUCUACUCUCCGUAACUUAACGCCAGACGCAAAGGAAGGUGUGGCUAAGCAGAACAUUCAGUUCAUCAAGAGGGGAGGUGUCCUCUACAGAAAAUACAGGAGUCGGAAAGGAGUUCAGUUUGAUCAACUCGUCGUACCUUAUCCUUACCGCAGCGAGCUGCUGCAUCUGGUCCACGGAGGUCUUUGGUCAGGGCACCUAGGAAUCAGAAAAACAAAAGACUGUUUGUUACGGGAGUUUUACUGGCCCGGCUGCUUCCGAGAGGUGGAGGCAUUUGUGAGGACCUGUGACACCUGCCAACGUAUUGGCAAGCCAGGGGAUAAGGCUAAAGCACCGAUGAAGCUCGUCCCCAUUAUCACUGAACCUUUUCGCAGGCUAGUUAUAGACACAGUGGGUCCGCUUCCUGUAACGCAGUCCGGGUAUCGGCAUAUACUCACGGUGCCCUGCCCAGCCACGAAAUUCCCGGAGGCAGUACCGCUUAAGGAACUGAGCUCGGAGGAGAUAGUAAAGGCGCUCUUGUCGAUCUUCGCGCGCGUGGGCUUCCCCGCAGAAAUUCAGUCUGAUCAGGGAUCUGUUUUUACAAGUGCUCUGACCUCGACAUUUCUAGAAAAGUGUGGGGUAAAAAUCAUCCACAGUUCUGUAUACCACCCCCAGUCAAAUGCCGUAGAAAAAGUGCAUUCAGUUAUGAAACGGCUGCUGCGAGCCCUUUGUCAUGAGCACAAAGGAGAUUGGGAGGUUUGUUUGCCGGCAGCUAUGUUUGCACUUCGAAUCGCUCCUCACGAAUCAACGGGCUUUUCACCUGCGGAGCUUGUUUACGGGCGUGCUCUGCGAUCCCCUCUUCGCAUUAUUCGAGAAUCCUGGGGGGGCCGGGAGGACGACCCGUCGGUCGUGGCAUACGUGCUUGAGCAGUUGGACAGACUUUACACCGCUCAGGAACUAGCUGGGCAGGAAAUGCGCAUUGCUCAAAGCAACGCUAAGCGCUACUAUGACAAAACGGCCCGAACGCGAAGCUUUGGAGUAGGUGACAAAGUGAUGAUACUGAGGCCAUCACCGAAAAAUAAGCUUCAGGUUCAGUGGGAGGGACCAGUUGAAGUUCUUCAGAAGUUAUCGGAUACAAAUUACUUGGUUGCUGUGCCGGGAAGGCGGAAAACACAAGCGUACCACAGUAAUCUACUCAAACCCUACCAGCAAAGGCAAGCCAUAGUGAACAUGUCACUCAACCAACCGGAGGAAAUGCCUGUUGACUUCCCGGAGUUGACAAGAGAAAAAAAUGAUAUCCAUAGGACUAUUGGUAACCUGGUAGAGAAGGCGGAGUUGAAGCCAGAUCAGAAGGCCGAACUGACCGAACUGUUGUUUGAAUUUAAAGAUGUAUUUUCAGACACACCCGGCAGAACCAAAGCCUUAGUUCAUGAUAUUGAGCUGACUUCCUCAGAACCAGUUCGCUCAAAGGCUUACCGUGUUUCACCUCGACAACGUGAAAUAUUGGCCGCGGAGAUAGGCAGGAUGCUGGAGUUAGGGGUGAUAGAGCCAGGAGAGAGUGAUUAUACGUCGCCUCUUAUCUUGGUCGAGGUCCCCGGAAAGGAGCCGCGACCGUGUAUUGACUACCGCAGACUCAACUUAAUUACAAAGGACCAGACCUACCCUAUACCGCAUAUUGAGGAGAGGCUUGAGCGGGUGAGCAGUGCCAAUUUCAUCUCGACUUUGGAUUUGGUCAGAGGCUACUGGCAGGUGCCUUUAACUGAGAGGGCUAGUAGGCUUGCGGCGUUUAUUUCCCCGAUGGGAACAUUUCGGCCAAAGGUCCUUAGCUUUGGUUUAAAGAAUGCACCCUAUUGUUUCUCUGGCCUGAUGGACAAGGUGCUACAGGGUAUGGAGGACUUCGCACUCCCUUAUCUAGAUGACAUUGCUAUAUUUUCUUCUUCAUGGGUCGACCAUGUGAAACACUUGCGAGCCGUGCUAUGUCGUCUGCGUGAGGCCAACUUGACAGUAAAGGCUGCGAAAUGCCAAUUGGGACGCGCUGAGGUGGCUUAUCUAGGGCAUGUGAUAGGUCAAGGCUACCGCAGGCCGUCAGAGGUCAAACUGGCCGCCAUCGACAAUUUCCCUCAGCCUCGAACGAAGAGGGACAUACGGUCAUUUCUUGGUUUGGCCGGUUAUUACCAGAGGUAUAUUCCGCGUUACUCCGAGAUUGCUAGUCCGUUGACUGAUGCUUUAAGGAAAACGGAACCCCAGAUGGUAAAGUGGGAUGAGGCCAAAGAGCACGCAUUUUCUACGCUGAAGAAAGCACUAAUGAGUCAGCCGGUGUUGAGCGCGCCUGACUACUCUAAGCCAUUCAUUCUCCAGUGUGAUGCCAGCGACCGGGGUAUGGGUGUCGUGCUUUGUCAAAGGGGAGAAAACGACCAUGAACACCCGGUACUGUAUGCCAGUCGAAAGCUUUCGGUUCGCGAGGAAGCAUACAGUGCAUCAGAAAAGGAGUGUGCCUGCGUUGUUUGGGCGGUGCAGAAGCUAGCUUGUUACAUCGCUAGUUCAAGGUUCACUAUAGAAACUGACCACUGUCCUCUGACGUGGCUACAGUCCAUGUCUUCCAAAAACGGCCGUCUCUUGCGCUGGAGCUUGGCUCUUCAACAGUACACUUUUGAUAUUCAUUACAAGAAGGGUAGGCUCAACGGUAAUGCAGAUGGUCUGAGUCGUUGCCCCUAG